AUGGAGACGGGCUAUUUACCCACCCAAUCGGAGACCCCAAACAAGACGAAUCCCCAGAAACGAAAGUAUUCCCGCGUGGCAGCGAUUUACCCUCGAAAGCGAGCCACUCAGGCCUGCCAUACCUGCCGCUUCCGAAGGACGAAGUGCGACAAUGCUCGACCUUCGUGUGCUUCAUGCGUGAGACUAGGGGCAGAAUGUAGUUACCAGGAAAAUGAUCCCUCAACAUUCGAUCCUGCGAGUCUUGCCAUUCUGAAGCGGCUCGAUGAUCUGGAAGUUUUGAUUCAAAGCAAACCACAGGAUCCAUCUCCGUUGGCUUUGCCUGGAGACUUUCCAUCGACGUCGCCGUCUAACCCGCUCGGUGAUGGUGAACUGAGCUCCGCUGCAACCGGCCAAAGGACUCAGCGGAAACUGCCUCUCAUCACCAUUGAGGCAGCUCUGGAAUGGCCUGUCUUUGAUGACCGUGACUUCAAACGAGAAGUCCAUCUACUGAGUCCCCCCGAAGAGAAUAUACACCAACCAGGACUGCCGAUCUCGGUUGACGUUGACCUCCAUGAAGCCGACAGCCUACUUAGGAGGUUCUUCGACGAUGUGCACAUCUUCAAUCCCACCUUAGAAGAGGAGGAUGUGAGAGAAUAUGUCAAUAUUGUUCGUCUGAAUGGUAUUGGCUGGGACGCCAUGUCCUGCCUACUGCUUCUGAUCUAUGCCCACGGCUCGAUUUCAAGGCCACUUGUGAAGGACGGACCAGGAGUACCCUCAGCUUUAUUCCGCAAGUCGAAAUCUUUCCUUCAAGCCGAAGCCUACUUUUGCGCUGCGCAAAAGCGUAUGGGCCCGUUGCUCUGCAGCAGCGGUGUGAUAGAAGCACAAUGUUUCUUUCUCGCCGGAGUAUAUCUCAUGACAACAUUGCGACCAAUCGCGGCAUGGAGAAUGUUUGUGCAAGCAUUAGCCUGCUGCCAGGGGUUCUCCAUCCAACGCCGGAAUGAUACCAGCUACGAAGAUGAAUGGAAUAGUAAACAGAGGAUUUACUGGACUUGCUUCAAAUCUGAGCUAGAACUCCGGCUAGAGCUGAAUGUUUCACAAACAGGUGUUUUGGAUCUCAGCUAUCCAACCCUAUUCCCUUCACCACCGGACCGACUCAAAACAAAGGAUGAAGCCACCUGGUACUUUUAUCUCGCCGAAAUUUCUUUACGAAGACUCAAAAAUCGCAUUCUGGACACUCUGUACAGACAUGACGCCGCGGACCCUGAAUUCAACAUUGAAUAUGCCAUCCAUGAUUUUGAGGAGCAAACGGACGCAUGGCUAAGAUCUCUACCAGAGACGUUAUCUCUUGACGUGGCCAACCCGGACACAGACCAAUACGAGCCCUUUCGAUUCAUCCUUAGCGGCCACUUUCUCGACUGCCAGGAGACGAUGUACUGGUACUUUGUAGUCGAGGGCAUACACGGUGUCAUCCGCAAUAGCAACGAGCAUUUUAUCCAGAAGGGACUGAAAGUAUGUGUAGACAGGAUCCAGCAGAAUCGGACGGGCUUCUACCAUCGGCAUCAUGGAACAUGGUUGAUGCUUCGGUCUUGCACGCGAAGUGCAUUAGUUUUGCUUGCUGCUGUGCGGCGUGUCGAGCUUGCUGGCUUUCUACCACUUGGCUGGGAGGAAGCGGUGCUUGAGGUAACAAGGAUGCUAGAUUUUUGGAAAGACGAGUCCAGGGAUGUAUCUGAGAUGUUGAAUAUUCUGCGGACACUGUUCGAGGUGGAAAACUCUGCUAUUUGA